CUCAUCACCCCCAACUUGCGGUCGCUUGAGCUGGGAGCAUGAGUUCCAUGUCCCAGAAAAAAUGACAAAACAAUCAGAUCUCGAAGCUGGCGUCCAUCCCCCAAGUAUUCCAGCACCAGUACUUGUCUCGUCUCUCACGAGGCAGGUUACACACCAGGCAGACCUCAAAGCUGGAAUCCACCCCCCAAGAUCCCCAGCCUCGGUGUCUGUCCCAAGUUCCAGUGCUAUGCAACAAGCAGGGGUUGAGACUGGCGCUCACUCGCCAAAUAUCAUGCCCGGCGACUCUGUCUCAACCGCCGUGGAACAGAUUCCACCUGCAAAUCAACCGCAUCAACGCGUACAAACAAUGAACCCGAUGGAACAGGCAUGGCAAGAAUCCUUUCGCCCAAAGAGUCGAACCUUCGGACCAGCAGAACAAUUCUUCGAAAUACUUCAAGCUGGGCUGGACCAUGGAACACGCACCCAUUGCGUCUUCUUCUGUUGGGAGCUGGGCGUCAACGACCAAAGGGCUGCCCCAUUGUUGAUUGAAGAUAUUGAGAACGAAGUCGAGAUAUAUCAAGACUUAGAGCGGAAAUGGUGUGAGAAGCAUGGACGGUGGUGGAGAUAUGUCCCUUUCUAUGGAAUGGUUGCUGUAGAGGAGGUAGAUCUCCGUUUCGUGAAAAAGAACAACCAUGACUUUUCGGUGCUUGUUGGAACAUUAGCCAUCCCUCAGCUCAAGGCACGGCUCACGAGCGAGCUAGAAAAAGCCGACGCCACGGUUUAUCGAUCCACUAAUCCUAACGGCCCUAGUAAAGAUUGCGAGCAAGAUAUGAAGACUGGUAGAUGGGACCAUUACAAUACCGCCUGUUGGGAUGAAAGGCUGAAUUGCCCGAAUACUUGUGCUUUUCAGUCUCAGCGUGAAUGCGAACGGAAACUCAACCACUUGGGGCUUCUAGGCUUGCCGCUAUUAUGCUUUCAAAAUCCCGAGAUAGCGGCUGGUCAGAGGACAUUACAAGGUCUAGCUCAGGAGAGUUGUAUAUAUUGUACUUCGGAAAUCAGAGGCAGCUCCUAUUUUGCGUCACGGAUAGCAGAAGCCAAAUUCAGAGGCCUGAUGAUUCGCUGGGGCUUCACAGGGAUGCGGUGGCCAUUCGACGUUCCUGUUGUGGCAUUGAUGAUAGUCACGCUGUGGAAAGCGUGCGGAGGAAAUUGGGAAGCUGCUUUUGCUGCUGGCGGCUUUUUCAUUGUGCUGGUUUCUCCUUUAUCGACUCUAUGCAAGUAGUGCCUCCCGCUGCAUACCUAUACACCAAAGAACAGCAUAUUUCAGGAACCAGAGUGAGAUUAGCAAUAUCUUGGUGGACAUUCGGAGAAUAAUUCUGCUCUAGCAAUACAGCUAUAACUUGGACCGAAGUGUAGAAACUCAAAGGAAAC